AUGACACAACAUUCCUCAGAGAUAGAAUUCCACGACAAAGAAGAACCUAGCACUCUAGGUUUUCCUCAGCUAAUGGGGAUGGUGUACCAUACGGAUUUUCAAGUUACAAAUGAUGUCACCAAGGGUGAUGAUAUGACCAGAUGGUUAGAUAAUCAAACCGAUGAAGUGAGCUCGAAUUUACUGCAGAGUGUUGAAGAUACUCAAAGUAUACAAUCUGACAUUUCCUUAAUUUCAGAGUUUUUCCGAUCCAAAACAGACUUGGUAAAAUCAUUGUUAGAACGGAAUUCCGAAGGUAACAAUGAUUUUUCUGAACCGGAUCCUAUAAUAUUAAACUUGCAACAACAUGUGGAUGGAACCUCACAGGAUGAGAACGAUGCUAAAACGUUGUUCGAUUUGGAUCCCAUGGAAGAAAUGAACUUGAUUGAGCAAGAAGUUAUGAAUAAGAUUUUCACAGAACGAGUUAUACUGGAGAUUAUCACUACUUUGCGACAUGUUCACAUAUAA